CAGCGCUGUCGCGCAAACAAGUAACUUGUCAACAACUGUGUCAAGGAAACAGCUGAUAUGUCACUGCUGGUGAAGAUGGUGAAUAAAUGUAAAUUGGAAAAAGUGGUGUAAUUUUAAGUGAUUUCCGCGCCCCAUUCAGUGGUUAUUAAGGGCUCAAAAUGCCGGGGACAAGUCUGGUGGUGCCGGUGGUUCUGUGGGGUAAAUUUGCCCCCACACACUGCAUAUCCUGCAUCUUCCUGUCCAAAGAUCAAAAGACUCUGGCAACCGGAUGCUACGACGGCCAGAUCUGCUUGUGGCAAGUGGAUCCGGACACUCUGGAAAUGACGCCCCGUUGUCUGCUGGUCGGGCAUACAGCGCCUAUUCUGUGCAUCUCCAAAGCGUCCAUUGUCCAGGACAACAAUUACAUUGUGUCCAGCUCAGAGGCUGGCGAAAUGUGCACGUGGGACAUCACCGAUGGCAAGUGCCGCGAGGCUGUAAAGCUGCCUCAAGUGCACACUAACAUACAGGCUUACCAUAUGUGCAACUGUGAGGACGUGCGCUUGUUCUGCAACGGCUACUAUCCAGAGAUUUUGGUGAUGGAUCCAUUCAGCUUGGAAAUUCUGUUCACGCUGUCAUCGAAACAAAACCCCGACUGGAUCAGUGCAUUGCAUGUUUUGCGCCCCACUAAGCGCAAGGACGACGUGGUUCUUGCGCUCACCACCACUGGAAUGGUCAAAGUGUGGACGUUGCUGGGCCACGAGAACAAGCACUCUGAGCCAAUCUACGAAAACGAGAGCAAACAGAUCCGAACUCUGAAUGCCGUCUGUCUGCAAUGUUGCGCCUACAAUCAGCGAACUGUGCUGGUUGUUUGCACCAAGUAUUGGCAGAUUUACGAUGCUGGCGACUUCAGCGUUUUGUGCUCCUACUUGACCCCCAGGGGCGAACGAUGGAUGUCCGGGGACUUUCUAGCCGUCGAUCGCAUCAUCAUGUGGUCGGACGCAGGCAAAGGUUACAUGUAUAAGUUGCCUGCCAAGUAAGUGACUCCAUACACGCACUAAACCAGCCGCCAAGCAAAAACUUCCCCACUCAGCUAACAAAACACACGGUUGUGGGCACUUGUUAAAACAGGCUGAGGGGCCAAACA